CAAGCGUUGAAGAAGUUGGACGACACGAAUGAGCAAAUCAAGGUGGUUGAAAAUUGAAAUAAAUUGUUGCAGAGAAAGAAUUGACAUCCUCAUCCAUGGCGUUGACACACACACACACACCUCCUUCCUCUUCCCUCCAAAUAUAAACUCACAAAUACACAGCAAAUGCAACGUACAUAGUUAUACUAUUCAGUUCAACUUUCCCUUUUCCGCCAUUUCAGUACCCAUAAAAUACUACUACUCCAUUUACAAAAUAAUACUACUGUUUAUCAUCAUCAUUCAUACCGAAAGAAAAGGAACCAACGCCGCUUCUUCUCGUGAUUUGCAUAAAGAAUUCCCCGCUCCCUCCCUCUCUCUCUCUCUGCUUUACAGUUUUCACUCCUUUUACUCCCAGUGCAAUUUCGUAAAUUGCAAUUACACCCACCCUCACUUUCUCGUGCCCUUCUUCAGGGCUAGAUUGAAUUGUUCAUCCUCUAUAUAUUUCUUCCAGUAUAAUUUGUGGGGUUUUCUUGUUUCCUCCUUUUCUGUUCCUUUAUGCUCUUUUUAUUUUUUCAAUUUUCAGUUUUCAAUUGUUUUUUGCCCUUUGCUUGCUGCUUUGGUCCUUUCAACAGGUACCUUCUGUCUUUUACUCUCUGCAUUUUCAUGUGGGAUGAAGAGUGGUCCAGCUUGUUGAUGUAUCCUUGUUGUUAGUCUGGAAAUGAGAGAGACAACUCGUAAUCAAUGAGGUAUUUUUGUAUGACCAAAAAUUAAACUCUGGCACCAUUGAUGAGUCACCUCCAUUUUGCCUUCCACGAUCAUGAGUGCGCUGCUUGGUACACAUGAGAUAAUAGAGUUGACAGAAAGCUACAACUCUGAAUCUAAGAUUAGUGGAGACGCUGGAAAGCAUCAUUUGGGGAAAUCACUAAAGGAGCCUAGUAUUGAGGAUGACAUCAACAAAAUCUUUGAAGCAAUUGAGAUUGGGAGCUCUCGUCGAGGUAUUGGUCAAUCAGAACGACAUGUUAGAGACGCAUCACACAAAAGUGCCAUGAAGUGGCCAAUGCGAGAUGGCCCUUCUCAUGCUUCCGGUAUUGGACUUUCUGAACCAGUGAGUUUGAAACAGGCGUUGAGGGGGUUAUGCAUCUCUCAAGCAUCGGAGAUGGCUGCAGUGAAGAAGCGUAUGUCAAGGCCAUCGGCUUCUCCUGGGAUUUCAGAAGUAGGAGCUGUCAAAAAGUUGUACAGGGCUGUAGUCACUGAGGCAAGUGAAGCUGGUCGGCCUCUUGACGAAGUGAAAGGGAAUUUGAUGGAGAUAUCUUUAGUACAUGAAAGUAGCUCGUUGAAUGUAUCACACAAGGCUGAAGUUUCUGAGAGAAACAAGCAGUCUUCUGUUCUUUCAGAAGAUAUCCCUCCUAUUCCCACUAAAGAUGGAUGCAGUCUUCCGAAUUCUGAUUCUGUGCAGAGGUUGAAAUUGCCAUAUUCAUCUGUUAGCAUUGCACUUAGCAAGAAAGUCGAAGAGUCGGCUGAAAUGGUUCCCAUCCCGAGUGAGAGUUCAGAGACAUCAAAUGGGCUGCACAAGAAGUAUGCAAAAAUGGAUCAAAUCAGAAGCACUGACAAACGUUUUGGUUCAUCUCAACAAAAUGUAACAGCUCACAACAUUGCAAAGAAGAAGAUUGUGCCAAAAAGGACCUUUACUACGAAGAAUCGAAGUCACCUUAGUGAAGGGCCUAAGAAUGAUAGUGGUAUCGAGACUAGCAAACUAGCCCACCAAACACCAGAUUCUGUCCUGGAGAAGCGAUGGGAAGAAUUGGAGGAAUCAUUCCCAACAUGUUCCAUAGAUUCUAGUGCUACUAAGAAUUAUCAUGUUCCACAUACCUUUAACAAAACAAAGAGUGUUUUGAUGAAAGCUGAUGAAAGGUCGAGAUCAAGGGAAAAAGGAGAGUUCUCUCAGAGCUCAAAAAGUAGCAUAGGAGAAUAUAGCAGCACAACAAGCUAUAGUGAUGAGAGCUAUCCCAGUGGGUCUAGUCGAAGUGGCUAUCGACCUCAUAUGUCGAAGGACUUGAGAUGGGAAGCCAUAAGUUCUGUCCAGAAGCAGCACGGUAGAUUGGGCAUGACACAUUUUAAGUUGCUGAGGAAGAUUGGCGGUGGAGAUAUUGGCACGGUAUACCUCUCUCAGCUGAUUGGCACGAGCAGCGUCUUUGCCAUGAAAGUUAUAGAUAAUGAAUAUUUGAGCAGCAGAAAGAAAAUGCAGAGGGCCCAAACUGAAAAAGAGAUCCUUGAAAUUCUGGAUCAUCCUUUUCUUCCUACACUUUAUGCCCAUUUUAUGACAAAUAAGUAUCUGUGUUUAGUCAUGGAAUACUGUCCUGGGGGUGAUCUGCACGUACUUCGCCAAAAGCAGCUCACUAGGUGUUUCCCGGAGAAAGCGGCCAGGUUCUACGCUGCAGAAAUACUCCUCGCAUUGGAGUACCUUCACAUGCUCGGUGUGGUGUACAGAGACUUGAAACCCGAAAACAUUUUGGUCCGUGAAGAUGGUCACAUCAUGCUCUCAGACUUCGACUUAUCCCUCAGAUGUGCUGCAAACCCUAUGCUACUCAAGUCUCCUUCUCCUGUUGCGGAGACACCAAAGAAGAUGUCCAGUCCCUGCUCGGAUACCAGCUGCAUACAUCCCUUCUGCCUUCAACCAUCAUGGCAGCUUUCAUGUUUCACACCCAAGUUCCUAACUGCUGCAGCCAAAACCCGCAAGCUAAAAUCCGAGCUAGCUGCUCAGGUCAUCCCACUGCCACAGCUGGUCGUUGAGCCUGUAACUGCACGAUCCAAUUCCUUUGUGGGGACACAUGAGUAUCUGGCUCCAGAGGUCAUCAAAGGGGAAGGUCAUGGGAGUGCAGUGGAUUGGUGGACUUUUGGGAUCUUCCUGUACGAGCUUUUAUACGGUAAGACGCCCUUUAAAGGAUCCAGCAACGAGGAUACGAUAUCAAACGUAGUGUCACAGUGCCUCCAGUUUCCACAAUGUCCGAUGGUUAGCUCUCAAGCUCGAGACUUGAUGAGAAGGUUGCUGAAGAAAGAGGCAGAGAACAGACUUGGGUCUGCAAAGGGGGCUGCGGAAAUCAAGCAACACCCAUUUUUCGAGGGGCUUAACUGGGCGUUGAUCAGAUGCGAGACGCCACCAGAGCUGCCCAAGUUCUUUGAUUUCGGUAAUGUUAUCUCUAACACUGUUUCUCACAGUAAAAAGAGCAAGCUCCCCACAGAAUUUGAGGAGAGGGGUGAGGGGAUAGAGUUUGAGAUGUUCUAGCAAAUCAGAAUGUGGUAUAAAUAAUCACCACUGAAAUAGGUUAGUCUUUUGUUUUUUUCCCUUUGUUUUCUAACUCAAGAUUACCUCUUUCAUGUAAUUGAUAUAUAAUUAUAGAAUAUAUAGUGGAAAUGUGUUUGGAA